AAUUCUAAUGAAAUGGAUGCAUGAUUUUUACAGAAUCAGCGACCUUCAAUCUCAUUCCCUAUCCUCACCAGAAUCUUCAUUCUUGCAUUAUUUGGGACUACGAUACACCAGAGUGUAUACUAUGCAGGCCUUAGUUAUACUUCUCCAACUGUGGCCAGCGCCUUGAGCAAUGUCAUUCCAGCUCUCACCUUUAUCUUGGCAAUUCUGUUGAGGAUGGAGAAGGCCGGGAUUAGGAGUGCAAAAGGGAGGGCCAAGUUCUGGGGUGCCAUGAUUUGCAUCAGUGGGGCUCUCAUGUUUACCUUUUGGAAAGGUCAAGCAUUCAAGGGCUUUGUUAAGAAGCCUUUGAUUAUGGUACAUGGCAAAGGUCCUGGCGAUGAGACAGUGCAUGGGAAACAGGAUUGGAUCAAAGGCUCUGUGCUCAUUCUAACCAGCUAUGUUGCUUUUAGUGCAUGGCUUGUUCUUCAGGCAAUGGUUUGCGAGGUCUACCCAGCCCGAUUGUCGAUGAACACCUUGAUUUGUUUCUUUGCAUCAUUGCAAUCUUUUGCACUUGCCUUGAUCUUCGAGAGGAACGCAUCAUCGUGGCAACUGCACUGGAACAUGCAGCUUCUUACGAUCAUCUACUGCGGGACUGUGAUAUCUUGCCUUGCAUAUUACCUACAAACUUUUAGUAUUAGUGAGAAGGGGCCUGUCUUCGCUGCCAUGUUCACCCCACUGCUACUUGUGUUCGUUGGCAUCUUCUCAGCCUUCUUUUUCGCUGAACAACUUCAUAUAGGCAGCUUGGUCGGUGCCUUCAUCAUAAUUGUAGGCCUCUAUUGUGUAUUAUGGGGGGGAAGUAGAAAUUCCAAUGAAAAUGGUGAUAAAGAGCAUGAAACUGAAAAGACUUUGCCAAAGUCAAUUUUAGGUGUGCCAAGCAAUGAGAACAAUGAUUGUCGCCCUACUUAGAAAUGAGAACAAUGACAAACAAUGUAAUGAUUUCAAUAGCUGGCAAAAGGUGGUCACAGUUUCAUGAAUUUUUAGCUGUUAUUAUUAGGGAUUGUCUUCUUAGCAAUAAGCUAUUGCAUAGCCUCAAGAUUUGGCAUUCAGCUGUAAGCAGCAACUGACAGAGGGCCUUCCGGUAAAGAGAUAACUUCUUUCUGGUGUGUGGUAA